AUGACAGCAUUAAGAUUACGAACGGAAAACCGUUUGCUCAGACAGCGAAUUGAUUAUUUGGAACAAGAAAGUUCAGCUUUAGCUGAUCGUCUCAUCAAAGGUCAGGUCAAUUUAGCUCAAGAAGCUGAAAACUGCAUGAGUAUAUCGCACGAGUUACUAAAACUUCGAGACAUCAAUUCAGAUGCUCAUCGACGAUUAGAAGAAGCUUAUGAUACUAUUCGAGACUUAAGCUGCAAAAAAAAUGAAGAAUUAACAGAAUGCGCAACUCAAGUAGAUGAUAUGUCGAUGAUUGAGCAUAUUCAUGCCUUGCAACAAGAACUCAUCGAAACUCGUGCUCGUGAAGCAGAUAAUGAAAAUAGCAUUAAAGAUUUAAAACUACGGGUUCAGGAAUUAGAAUUGGCGAAUAAAAGGUUACGUGAACGUCCUCCUGACGACGGCAUUGCUGGUUUACAAGAAGAGCUGAUAUCCGUGAAAAUGCGUGAAGCUGAAGCUUCUCUAUCGUUGAAGGAAAUGAGACAACGACUUUCUGAAUUAGAGCAACAUUGGACGAAGUAUGUUAGUAGUCGUGUACUAGACAGUGAUACGUCAAAAGUACGCUUAGAACGUCGAGCAACUCUUUCUCAUUUAUCUAAGCAGUCAAACGGCAGUAUGGCUGCAGGGGAUUCACAAGAUGUUUCAAUUACAGCGUCUUCAGGUUCUGCAUCCGUGGAAAAAUCGCAGCAGUUAGCAUCAAUACUUACUAGUGGUACUGUAUCUCAAAGUGCGCGGCAACGUUUAGCAAAAUUGACAGCAAGUUUUAUUGGAAGCAUAAAUACGGAAUCAGCUGAAUCUGUUUCUGCUUCUGAUUCCUCAGGUUGUAUUACAGUGAAGGAGCUUGAAGAUCAGUUAAUGGGAGUGCGAAUUCGAGAGGCGGAUACCGUAGCUGAAUUAAAAGAAAUGCGUCAAAAAGUGAUGGAAUUGGAAACCCAAAAUCACGUUUGCACGAACCAACUCAAACGGCAAGACGAGGAAUUGAAACGGUUGAAAGAAGAAAAGGAACAAAUUUUACAACAUGAAAAAGAGCUUUGUGAUCAAAUUAAAGAAGAAAGGCGGAAAGCGAUUGAAGCAGAAAGUGAACUGCAAGAAAAAUCGGUAAUGGAACGAUUGAAAUAUAGUGAAGCCAUGCAAAAUAUUGCUGACCUCAAGCGUGCUCUAACACAUCUUGAACUUAAGAGAGCUGAAAAAUGGACGCAUUCUCAGUUACGGGGCAGUUCGAUAUGUGAUUUGGAUGAUGAUUCUUCUACGGGUGCUGUUGGAUCGCAAGUGAGUGGUGAUGCAGUAUCGAUUAAUAGUGAUGAAUUAGCUGCAUUAAUUGCUGAUGCGCAGGUACGCAUCCCGGGAUUUACCGAUGAUGCAUUAACAUUAUUUGAGAAGGAGGAAGAAGCCACAAGCUCAGAUUCCCGAAUGAAAGUUGAAAUUCAUCGAAAUUUAGAAGAAGAUGGAAAUGAUACUACUGAUAGUGGUAUUCAAACAAAUGAUGCACCAUAA